AUGAUGAAGAGGAGGAGGCCGGUGAGAUCCCGCUGGGCUGAGAGGAGGUCCACCGUGGUCUAUGCGGUCCGGUCCACCACGUUCGGCUCCUGGAGGAUGCUGACUCUGGGGGCGGAGUACGAAGACACCUGGGCGUCUGCACCUGUGUGUAAGCCCCGCCCCCAGCCCCGCCCACUGCUCGAGGAAGAGGCGGAAGAGGAGGAGGAGGAGGAGAAGAAGGAGGAGGGGUUAUCAUGGCAACCUGCUCCCCCCUCCUCCCUGUGUGGGGGAGUGGAGAGCAUCGUGCAGAGACAUGAGGACGCACACAGCUCAGAGUGGACUCACAGGUGA